AUGAAUCAGCAAUUCGUAAGAGUAACAGGGCGAGCAAUCAGUCGCAUAAGACUUAACGCUGCUCGUAGCUUCAAUGCCACCAAGCACACAGCAGAUCACCUUUGCAAGGUGCAGUCAUCGUCAAGACGAAGCAUGGUGACUGUGACACAAACCAAGGUAGCUGACUUGCCCGUAGACGAAGCCCCUUCAAAUGAAAUUAACGAUAUCAGCUCCUUUGUUCAAUUAUCAGAUGCAUUAGAGGUCACUAGCAGCUGUCUAAACAGAGUACAAUCCUUGAUUCAACAACGGAUUCAAAAGGAAGGUGAGGAAUCCGCAGAUCAUUUUCUUCGCGUUUUCGUGGACGCAGGUGGAUGUUCCGGUUUCCAAUAUCAAUUCGAGGUGGAUAACGAGUUUGACGAAGACGAAGAUAUAGUGGUUGUAGCUACGCAAGAUUCAACGCCACGGGUUGUUGUGGAUGAGGUAUCGUUAGGAUUUCUAAAGGGAUCAAAGCUGGAUUAUGUUCAAGAAAUGAUAAAGAGUGCUUUUGUCGUUGCAGAAAACCCGCAAUCAGAAUCAGCCUGUGGAUGUGGAUCCUCCUUCGCCGUGAAAAAUUUUGAAGCAAAUCCUGCCCUUGACUAA